AUGGAGAAACUAAUAUCUGAUCGCUCUGUCAUGAGACCAUUGCUGGUAGAACUGAAAAAAAAGAAAAAGAAGAGGAACAAGAAAAAGCAAGAUGGUAUCAUUCCAUCAGAUCAAGAUCAAAGCCUUUCUGAUGGGUCACAUAAUCCUCUGGGAGACAACCAGACGUCCAAGAAAGAAGACAAAGAUGACUCCAGCGACAGUGAGAGCUCCGACCAAGUGGAGUCACAGCCUAGUUCAUUAGCUCCUGAGGAUACGGCUGCGUCCUCUUCUGAAAAACCUGAUUCUGCAGGUGUUUUACCGUCUAAGGAACCUGAAGCGGCUGCGGGUGAUGCACAAAAAUCAGCUCAGGAUCAGAGGCUCAAGACAGCAUCACCUCAGCCUCCAAAGUCACAGAACAGGACCUCCCAGCCUGGUCCAGGUGGAGGAACAACCACCACUAAUACCGAAGGCCAAAAAACAGCCAGAAAGAAUUCGAAGAACAAUAAAGAAACAAUGAAUAAUGCACAAACUGAUUUGGACCUCAAUGCCAAUGAGGAAAAAACAGCUAAACAGAAGACGGGAAAACUGCAGGGAAAGGGUCAGCAUGAGCAGAAACGGAAGCAGAGGGAAACUCAAUCAGAGGCUGAUAACUCUGAUAUGGAUGUGGAGUCAGGGGACAGAGUUGAAAAAAAUACUGAGGAUUCUGAAAUGACUUCUGGCAGUGACAAGGACUGUAAUGAGGGCAGUAAGGAUAACACAACAGGCCCGCCACCCAAAAGGCUGACACAGAACAAAAACAUUUCUGCUAGCAACAGACUCACAAUUUACUUCCACGCAGUUCUUUCAAAGGACUUCAAAUUCAAUCAGAUGGAAGAUCGGAUUUUCAUCAGAGCUGGCUCCCCCAUUGGUUCAUGGGAAGAAAAUGCUGCUGAGCUGAUUGUGACUAGAGAUCUUGGAGAGCAUGGGUUUCUGGUUGAAGGCAGUUUAACAACCAGGAGAAAGGAAACCGAGUCUGAGUCGAUACCAUACAAAUAUGUUGUCUACAAGGAUAAAAAGAACAGCUAUGAGUAUGAGUACAUAUACAAACUGGAUUCUUCAGAACACCCCACCAACAGAUGCUUGUUUGUGAAGCCUCAGUUAAUCACUGCUGAUGGGGAUUGGCAUCAGUAUGAUGACAUCGUCUGUGCUGAACCAUCAAAGAAUAUCAUCAAACGAGGCAUUCAAAGCGUGAAGGAAAAAUUUUGGCCUGAACAGCGGGUCAGACUGAUUCAAGGCAGAAUAAUUGCUGGGAACCUUAUGCUGGAGAGCAUAUUUGAUCUUCUCAGGAGCUGGAGUGAUACCAACUUGAAGAAUUUCCAAAUCCAACUCAAUCAGUUCUUUCAGGUGUACGGGAAUCCUUUUGUGUAUGAAGAGAAAGGAAAGAAAUGGCAUUCCCUAAACUUUGGGGAAGAUGAUGUGCGAGAAAUUCUUAAGGAGUUCAUGCUGACAAAUGUGAUUCCUCAGCUGAAGGAUGGGGAUGGAAAAUGUCUCUACAUUCAGGACACAUUGAGAGCAGCUGUGAUCAUGCUUUAUGUGCAAAGGCAGUACAAAAUCAAACUUGAAAAUGGUCAACUCCAUAAGCUCUGUAAUGCUCUAUGUUUACCCAAACUAGAGAAAGACGAAUUUGUUAGGUACUGGACAGAAUUUUCCCACAGUGUUUCAGUUCUGAAAAGUUUGCCAGAGAUGUUGGUUGCACAUAUAACAGCUGUGAGAACGAUUGGAAUGACUCGAUGGAUCAUGGUACUACCACUUCUGCACCUCCUCAAAGGCACUGCUAAGCCAUUUGAAGUACAAACAUCUGGAAAUUUGAAGUAUGGCUUGCCAUGGGCAGGUUUGCAAGGAAUUGGCAUGAGUACAACAUACAUGAACAGCCAAGACAAGAAAUCGCUUAUGAAUGUGAUGAAAAACCACAGUCACUUGCUGGAGACUGAUCCGCUCUUAGUUCGAUCGUGUUUGUAUCUGAUGACAAUUGAUGACCUGUUGGAGUGCAGCAACUACAUAAACCCUGGGCUUUUGGACGUGCUUUGUGUUUUGACUAACAAAGUUCCUCAGGAAAUGAAUGCGAGCAGCUUUCAGGCUUACAGGAGAGAGUGCCUGGUAACAGCGGUGAGACUGCUAGAAAAAAUCUGCAAAGGGGUCAAACUAGGAUCCUACUACCAAAACUUCCCUGGUAUUCCUGUGGCAUGCAUGAAUCUGGUCGCAUCAGUGUCAGACUUUGUUCAGUGUAACAAGCAACAGGAGACUCAAGACGGAAAUGUAGAGCAACAAAACGCAAAGAGAAUGGUCUCUGCGGCCAUGACCACAAUGAGAAACUGGAUGAAUCAGCCCUCCACACAGAAUUUUAUCAGCAAGGGUCUGUUGUCGUUUUACCAGAUGAACAAAUCCGAAGAGAUUGAAUUGUGGAACAACAUAAUCUCCAUCAACUUUAAAGAUGAAGACUGGACAAAAGAGUGGAGAGAGACAUUCACUUUGGAUUUUGAGGGAAAAUACAAACAGGAAACUCCUCUGAAACAAAUAGAGUUCUACUGCAAAAACAUAGAGGCCUUUAGUGCUUCCUAUCCACAUGUUGCUGCCUGUAUUGAAAAGUGUGCUCUUGAAGCUGUUACAGCUUUGUGCCAGACAAGGUCUGAGGGAAAAUUGUUUGAGAGGUUGACGAUCAGCUGGAAGUUUUGGAAACUCAUCUCUGCCAUUAUUCAAAAAUCAUGGCCAAAAGACAUUCACGGGAAGUAUCAGGAAGAUGAAGAGGUGGUCUUUCAACACCUUCUGUCCUGGGCGGCUGCCAAAGACAUUUUACAUCUUUAUGGUUCAGAUGAAAAGCUGAUGGAGAAACUUUGUCAGGAUGCCAGGGAUAGAAUUUCCCAUGCCAUAUCAUCAUUCACUGCUGUUAACUGUCAACUGGUUCAAGGAAACAUUAAGAUCAGCCUUCUCAACACCAUUCUGGAGAGGCAGGAUGCCUUCUUGGAACUGCUGAAAAUUGACUGCUUCUCUGAGAGUGGAAAGUACAGUGAUAAUACCAAAAUGAAGCGACUGUUGGAACACAGACAAAAUGAAAUAAAGACUUUACGCCAUGAAAAGGAGCUUGUGGAUGUCAUCUUGACAAUGUGCCACAAACUUGAAGAACACAUCACAGUUGACAUUGCUGAUUUGGAGGACCACAGUCAGGUUAACAUUGAAAUGAUGCCCUUAAACCAUUUCAUGGAGGUUCGCCAGUUUGACAAACUGGCCUCGCCAAUGACUGGUAUUGUCACCUAUUUCAACCUGAAUGAAGAAAUCAGAGAAAUGGCAGAAUACCUUUUUACAUCUAAGGACAGUUACAUAUUCAGAGCGUGUUGGGAAAAACAUGCAAAGGACUACGCUGCUGAAGUAGCAGAGGAUGAUGAGCUUGAUGAGCAUGCUGUAGUGGACAUAAUGGCAACACCAGAAAUUAUAUACGAAAAUAUUUUCUUGGCUUGUUCCGCUGAGUACGGUAAGACCUUCAGUCGCCUGAAGAAUGGUAGUAUAAGGCUAGAAGAGGUCAAACAGCUUUUUGAUGCAUACAAGGGAAAGUACGACAGUCUAAAACAUGAACUGGAUAUCAUGUGCAAAGUCAACAAGUCAAAGGACAAACAGUGGAUCCACAACAGGAUUGAACAGAUCGAACAAUAUCACGAGCUUCAUCUAGCUGUGACCUCAGCUCAAAUAAUCAUGAGGGUCAAACAGACACUUGGAUUGCAAGGGGACUUCACAGUUUUGGAAACGCUUUUGGAAAUCAUUCAUGCCGACUUUCAGAAAGAGCCACUAAGUCGCAUUGACAAUGACUUGAUGCAGGCUAAAGUGGCUCUGGUGGACAUCACAGAGCCUCGCAGACUGUGUCUGGAGGAGCUGGGACUCAGAGGACAUUUUGUAAAAUGGGUGAAGGAUGCUCUUGAAGAUAUUAAUGAGUUGAAGGUUUUUGUUGACCUGGCUUCCAUUUCUGCGGGGGAGAACGACAUGGAUGUGGAUCGGGUGGCUUGCUUCCACGAUGCAGUCCUUGGCUACUCCUCAGUGCUUUAUGAGCUUAGACCAGACUCAGGCUUUUGGGCUUUAAAAGAAUUGCUGAAGAAGCUCUGGAGAGCUUUGGAGAAUGAUGGAAAACUUCCACAAAAACUGCGGGACAGUGCACGUCAUCUGGAGUGGUUGAAGACCGUCAAAGACAGUCAUGGGUCUGUGGAGCUAUCGUCUCUUUCUUUAGCCUCAGCUAUCAAUAACAAGGGCGUCUACCUGAUCAAUGCACACAAUGUCAAAAAGCUGAGUCUUGACACAGCUCUUAAGCUGCAGAUUCCCGAGGAGCAUGAUGAGGGACUGCAGUGGCGCUCUUAUUCUCUUGAGGAUCUGAGGGAGUUGCAGAACAAACUGAUGCUCAUGUCUGGAAAAGGAGAUCAAGGGCAGAAUGAAGUUGAUCAGUUUGCAGAGGUGUUUGCUAGUGUUCAGAGACUAGCUGAGGCCUUUAUUGCUCUUUACUCCGCUGGAAAUCCACUGUUCAGAAACUGGGAAGUGGAGAUAAAUUGCUCCCCGAGUAGUCAAAAUCCCAGCAUUGUGAUGGACUUCAACUUAGGAAAUGUUCUCAAUGUAACUGUGGAGGGCAGCAUAGAGGAGCAGAUGCCUGAACUUUGCAGAAAGAUGGAGAAAUGUCUUCACUACUGGAUGGAUUUUGUAGAAAAACAGAGAUCAAAUCAGUACUAUUUGAACUACUACACCGCUGAACAGAUUGUAUACCUAUGCAGCAAACUUACUCAGCAAAAUUCAACCAAUGUAGAGGACCUAGUUCUCAUGAUGCUCUCAUUCAUCAAACCAAACUGCACGUCCAGUGACCUAAGGCAAGUCUGGCAUGCCCUUCAGUAUGAAAUCCUCACCAAAGCACCAGAAGAAAAUGAAGACAUUGAGUUUCAGACUUUUGUUGUGGUUCCAUCAAAGGACCAGGAAGAAUCAGACUUGGACACCAAAUUAAGUACUUUGCCAAGUAUUUUAGAACAAGCAAAGGGUCUACAAGCAUUUGAUCAGAUUUGGAAUGCUUACAUGAAGGACAUGAAGAAUUUCUUCCCUGACCUUCUUGACAUAAAAACUCUUGGAAGACUCUUGGAAAUGCUGGCCAACAAACAAGAUGACGAUGAAGAAGACAGUGAAGAAGACAUUUCUGAUUACAACACUGGCAAUUUCAUCCAGAGACAGCUACCUCAAGGACUGGUAACAGGAAUUCCAAACCUUAUUGUUUGUCCACAUGAAGACAUCUUGAAAUCUUGCAUCUCCAUUUACAUGAGUAGCUCAAAUGAAACACUCCCCACCUAUGAUGAAGUCCUGCUGUGCAACUCCUCAACUCCAUAUGAGCAGGUGGAACUAUUUCUCAGACGCUGUCUGAGCAACGGGUACAGGGGCCAGAAGAUAUACUCAUUGCUCUAUGGGGAUCUCCUCACUUACGAUGUGAGCUCCAAAGUUGAGAACUUCUUCCAGCGAAUGAAAAUGCAGAGUAGGACAGACUACCAACUUGUUAUCAUUUGCAGCUCAGAAAGGGAACACACAUACCUUCCGUCAGCCUUUAGUCAGUACAGAUUGCACAUAGUGCCCCAGGAGCCACUGGCAAGAAUCCAGAGGUACCUCCAGAAACACUACACUGUUCCAGCAGAACAAUGCAGUGCUGCGGCAGCAUUUAAAGACAGACUCUGCGUUGGCGUCAUCUCCUCCAAAAGAGCCGGAGUUGGCAAGUCUUUGUACAUCAAGAGACUCUUUGAAAAACUUGAGAACUCAACCAAAAAGAAAUCCACAAUGAAAUGUGUUCGCUUGAUUGAACCAACCAUUGAUGAGACUGUUAUUCUUCAGUCUUUGUUGGACACCCCGAAACAGAAAGAGCUUGCUAUGUUUCACUUUGACAUCACAUCAACGGUGCAGAAAGGUCUUCAUGAGUUCCUUUUCAAAUUGUUGAUUUUGCGUUACUUAAUGGACUCUGAGGGAAAGAUGUGGAGGUGCAAUAACAAGCAGCUGUAUGUCAUUGAAAUUCUAGAGCCCUCCAUCAAGUCGAUCAGAAAUCGGCAGGAUCAAACCGUGAACAGCACAUUUAUUGACGUGUUUCCAAAUGUCUUCUGCCGACCACCCAAAGAGGUUUUGAUGCUGGAGACGAAGAUGCAAGAGGAUCCUACCAUUGUGAGCAGUGAGGACCCACUUAUGGAUGAUGAAGAGUUCAGAAGUGAAGCCUUUCAGCGGCCUUACCAGUACCUCACACGCUUUUACAACCACAGUAAUCUAGAUGUGUUCACAUAUCAGGGCAUUGAGGGGUCACACGUGGAAUGUCUCCAGAUGUUUCUCAUGCAUUGUGGCAUCAUGGACCCAUCCUGGGCGGAACUGAGAAAUUUUGCGUGGUUUCUUAACCUUCAGCUUAAAGACUGUGAGACAUCUGUUUUUUGUGAUGCCUCUUUCACCGGAGACACACUAAGCGGAUUCAAAACAUUUGUGGUGGACUUCAUGAUUCUGAUGGCAAAGGACUUUGCUACGCCAUCCCUUAGCAUCUCUGACGAAAGUCCUGGCAAGAUGCACUCCCAUCGACCUGGUGUUCGAGAUCAAGACCUUGCUCCCUUUCUUAUCAGGAAAAGAUGGGAGACAGAACCUCAUCCAUACAUCUUCUUUAAUGAUGACCAUGUGUCAAUGACCUUCAUUGGUUUUCAUCUUCAGCCAAAUGAUCAGAAUGGUGUUGAUGCCAUAGACCCCAACUCAGGAAGGGUGAUCAAAAACAAUGUCAUGACAGGGGCAUUGUAUGAAGGCUUAAAACUUCAGAGGGUCCCUUUCAACAUCAACUUUGAUAGCCUUGAAAGGUGGGAGAAAAUAGAGCGAAUCUGCAAUGUUCUAGGGAUCCAGUGGCCUGUUGAUCCUGAUGAAACAUAUGAACUUACAACUGACAACAUAUUGAAGAUGCUGGCAAUCCACAUGCGGUUCCGAUGUGGCAUUCCUGUAAUUAUUAUGGGCGAGACAGGAUGUGGUAAAACCAGACUCAUCAAAUUCCUUUGUGAAUUGCGAAGGGGCGGGGUGGCCACUGAGAACUUGAAACUGGUCAAGGUGCAUGGAGGGACAACGUCAGAGAUGAUCCAUGACAAAGUCAGGGAAGCGGAAAAUAUUGCUUCAGUCAACAAGCAAGACUAUGGAUUUGACUCAGUUCUCUUUUUUGAUGAGGCCAACACUACAGAAGCCAUCAGCAGCAUCAAGGAGGUCCUUUGUGACAAGACGGUGAAAGGGGAAUGUUUGAUACUUAACUCUGGACUGCAGAUUAUUGCUGCAUGCAACCCUUACCGGAAACACACAGAUGAGAUGAUUCAGAGGUUAGAGUCCGCUGGCCUUGGGUACAGAGUUCGAGCAGAGGAGACUGAUGAAAAACUGGGCUCUAUCCCUCUCCGACAGCUUGUAUACAGAGUUCAAGCAUUGCCCCCAAGCAUGAUCCCUCUUGUGUGGGACUUUGGACAGUUGAAUGAUCACACAGAGGAAAUAUACAUUCAACAAAUUGUUCAGAGAGUUGUUAAAAGCAAAGCAAUUAAUGAACAGUACAUCAAGUGCAUCACAGAUGUCCUUUCAGCUUCACAGAAGUACAUGCGGAAAAGAAAGGAUGAAUGCAGCUUUGUCAGUCUGAGGGAUGUUGAACGAUGCAUGCAAGCCUUCAUCUGGUUCCAUGAUCACCACAAAAUGUUCUCUAUAGAACUUCAGAAAUUUGAGGGGAGCCAAAAUGACACAGUGACUGAAGGGCAAGAGAGACAAUCAGACUUCAGGGAUCCUGUCCUAUGGUCUCUAGUGUUGGCAAUAGGUGUCUGCUAUCAUGCUUGCCUUGAAGAUAAGGAUAAAUACAGACAGAAGAUCAGCAGAAGGUUGCCUUCACCUUACACUCCAAUUAGGGUGAUGCAUGAAAUCUCACUCAUGCAGGAUUUACUUUUGAGUGGCGUGCCAAUGGGGGAUACUAUUGCAAGAAACAGUGCCCUAAAAGAGAAUGUGUUCAUGAUGGUCCUCUGCAUCGAGUUAAGAAUUCCUCUCUUCCUCGUUGGGAAACCCGGGAGUUCAAAAUCGCUGUCCAAAACACUGGUGGCAGAUGCAAUGCAAGGCCAAGCUGCUCAUUCAGAACUCUACAAAAUGCUCAAACAGAUCCACCUGGUGUCCUUUCAGUGCAGCCCCCACUCUACGCCAGAGGGCAUUAUCAGUACAUUCAAGCAAUGUGGACGGUUCCAGGAGGGAAAAAAUCUAAAGGAGUACAUUUCAGUUGUGGUGCUUGAUGAGAUUGGACUGGCAGAGGACUCUCCAAAGAUGCCACUGAAGACUCUUCACCCAUUACUAGAGGAGGGAUGCAUCGAUGAUGAGCCACUGCCCCACAAAAAGGUGGGGUUCAUUGGUAUCUCCAACUGGGCACUUGACCCUGCAAAGAUGAACAGAGGUAUUUUUGUCUCCCGUGGUGACCCUGAUGAGAAAGAACUCAUUGAGAGUGCUAAAGGCAUAUGCUCAUCUGACAUUAUGGUUUUGGACAAGGUUCGGGAUUUCUUCCAGUCCUUUGCAAAAGCCUAUUUGGAUGUCUGCCGCAAACAAGACAAAGGCUUUUUUGGCCUACGUGACUAUUACAGCUUGAUUAAGAUGGUCUUUGCAGUGGCCAAAGCCUCUCAAAGGAUGCCCACAGCAGAGGAGACUGUGAAGGCAGUGUUGAGAAAUUUCAGCGGCUUGGAUGAUGUGGAUGCAGUAUCCGUGUUUACCGAAAGGUUGCAGAUCGCACCAGACCUGGAGAAUGUCAGCGCCAUUGAGUUUGUGAAGGAAAACAUUCAGGCCAUUGGUCAGGAAGAAGAGUGUCGGUACCUCUUGGUGCUGACCAAAAAUUAUGCUGCCCUUCAAAUCCUGCAGCAAACAUUAUUCUCAGCAAACAGUCAGCCAGAAAUCAUCUUUGGAUCUAGCUUUCCAAAAGAUCAGGAGUAUACCCAAAUCUGCCGCAACAUCAACAGAGUGAAGAUAUGCAUGGAGACAGGCCAAACAGUUGUUCUCCUAAACUUGCAAAACCUUUAUGAAAGUCUCUACGAUGCCCUUAACCAAUACUACGUGUCUCUGGGAGGGCAGAAGUAUGUGGACCUAGGACUGGGGACCCACCGUGUCAAAUGCAGGGUGCACAAAGACUUCCGCCUUAUUGUUAUAGAGGAGAGAGAGGUGGUCUACAAACAGUUCCCAAUACCUCUAAUCAAUAGACUGGAGAAACACUAUCUGGACAUCCAAACUGUCCUCAGAGCUGAGCAGAAGAGCUUGGUGGAGGAGCUGGAGAGAUGGGUGAAGCUUUUUGCAUCUCUUAACCAUCAGCAGGCAGCAAUGGCUCAGACGUACAAGUACCAGCCCCCAGAUGUCUUUAUUGGGUACCAUUCAGACACCUGUGCUUCUGUGGUUCUUCAAGUUAUUGAGGGGCAGAAAGACAGCGUCAAUGUCUCAGAUUCUCAGAGGAGAUUGUUAGAUGGGGCCAAACUCAUACUCCUUAAAUGUGCUACACCAGACUCAGUGGUGCGUUUGGACUCCACUGGUCUGCCGAAAGUGGAGAGUGAAUCCCUGUCCAGAAUCUACUUUGAGGAGCAGAACAACAGCUGUUUGGCUGAUUACAUUCUUGCUCACACAAGACUGGAAGUCGAUUGCCAGUCCUUCUACACAGAGGUGACAACAUUCUCUCGACUUCUGACUGCAUUUGACUUGGAGCCUCUUCAGCAAAAGCUGCAUAGCGUUGAGCUUCUCUCUCUGCAACAGUUUGACACGGAGCACUCCUUUCUGAAGAAGAUCAGAAACUUCCUCACAGAUGGGUAUGGAAUCCAAACCCCUGAGUUACACAACAAGAUCCUCAUCAUUCAGUGUGAUUUUGAUGAAGCCUCUCAGAAUGGAAAUCUCAUUGCGUCUGCAAAAUAUUCAUCAAUGAAUGAAAUCAACAAGAUAACCCAGGGGAACACAGGAACCAGAGUGUUUGUUUACUUCAUCACAAGGCUCCCAAGAAUGGAAGGAGGGACUUCUUACAUUGGCUUUCAUGGAGGCCCGUGGACGUCAGUCCAUAUUGAUGACCUCAGACGCUCAAAGGACAUUGUUUCAGACAUCAAAACAUUGCAGAACAUGACAAUCAGUGAAAUGUUUCAAAUGCAGAUGGUUCAGCCUGAAGCCAUGGAGGUGGGGAACAUUUACACUGAGACUGAGCAAGAGGAGUUAGAGAGAAGUGCCUCUGACAGUGUUGUGGACACCACAGCUCUGCUGCGGAGCUGCGUGCAGAGUGCAGUCAGCAUGCUGAGGGACCAAGUGGAAAGUGGCUACCGCAGCACUCAGAGAGUUGAGAUCCUUCUGACACUCCUGAGCGACAGUGAUGAAAUGAAAGCGCAUCUAAUCUCAAUCAUUGAUCGUGACCAAAACAUGGACCUCCUGCUGGAUACAAACUGCUCUGAAUCUUUGAAAAGGCUGUGGUUGGAUAUCUUUGGCAAUGAAAAACUUCUGGAGAUUUCAAACAUAACACUGGACCACAACUCCGAGACGAGAACGAUCCUUGUACAGAACUACAUCGACCAAGACGGAAACAAUAGAUGCAACAUGCCGUUCAGCUGCAGGAUUAAGCAUUAUCUGGAGGAGCUUUGGGUUCAUUCACUGCAACAUGAAGGACAAACUCAACAAGAUUUUGUUGAGUUCUUCUGGAAGACUCCACUUGGGCGCUACAUUUCCAAAGCAGAUCCAGAGACGCAGAUGGAGUUUUACCACCGCUACCUUCAGGAUUUCAUCUCCAUGUCAAUGAAUGUCGCUGGUCAUGAAGAUCUGCAGCUACUCUGUGGAGCCUUGAAUUGUUGUGUAAAUGAGUUUCGGCAGAAGCUUAACGACACAGAGACAGUGACAUCUCUCCCAUGGGUCCAUGCUGCUUAUCACAAGUUUAAAAACCGACUGCAAAACCUCUCGAGAAUGAUGUGCAUUGAACCCCAGGUGACCAAGGACCUCCUGGGCAAUCCCCAUGCAAGCGAGGGUGCUGAACUGGUUCUUGAUGUGUAUGCUGCUUUUGCGUGUUUGGAGCACCUAGAGCCCAAAGCUCUGGAUACAGAUGCUAAACGACAAACAUGGCUCAGGCAGGUGAAAAAAAUCCAGGUGCCUAUUGAGCUGAUAUGCUCAGAAGACAGUGUGAGACAUUAUGGAGAGAGGAGCAAGGUGAUCGCUGGCAGAGUCCGAUCUGGAUGGAAUCGCAUAUUUUCUCUCUCUCUGUUUGUUGAACACAUGUUGCUUGGAAUCGAACAGUUGGAGAAGAAGCUCACACCUUUAGUUGUGGAGACUACACGAAGGCUGGGACAGGUACUGGAAGACAACUCUGAUCUAAAAAGUCAGCAUACCUUUGAGGCAGUAAUCACUUUGCUGAAAACCUGCAAAGAUGGAGCAGUGGAAUGCAUCUUCAGGUUUGGCCACACACUGUGUCCCGUUUGUAUGGGAGACCCCAAAGAUCCACUCUGCCUGCCAUGCAAUCACAUCUACUGUGUGGCCUGCAUCAAACAGUGGUUGAUCCCGGGUCAAAUGUACUGUCCACUUUGCAUGCAACCAGUGAAUGACGACUUUCCCAUGGUGCCCUCAGAUGACAUAAGGAUUCUCGUCAACCAGCAAGCUAAGUUCAGGAUGCAGUGCAAUGCUUUCUUCAUAGACCUGGUGUCUACCAUGUGCUUCAAGGACAACUCUCCACCAUGUCCUGCUGUCAUUCAUAUUUUGUUGUCUUUCCUCAUGGUGGAGGCCAAUUCUGUUCCCUUACUCGGAGGUAAUAGACAAAUACUGACAAAAGUCCUCUCUCCAUUUGAUGACUCUGUGGAUAAAAAUCCAGUGGUUCGCUCAGUGGUGCUCAAAUUACUGCUGAAAUACAGCUUUGAUGAAGUCAAAGAAUAUUUGCAGCAGCAUCUGAUGGCUGUUGAGCAGAGCAACAUCUUGGACGAGAGCGACAAAACUGAACUCUACUGCUUGUACAUAAACUGUCUGGAGGAUUCCAUGUUUGAGAGAUUACAGUUCAGGUCCACUGCAGAUCGGCAGGCAUAUUUGCAGGAUGAAAGUGCAUUUCUGACUGACUUCCUGCAUUUUCAUGGUCGGUCUGCUGAAAAAGCUACGGUGGAGUACCUGCAGCAGUUAGCCAGAGUCCGUAUGGACCUCGAUGUGACUGCAAGCUUGAUUGUAGAAGAACUAAGAGCCAAAGGAUCCCAGCAACAGGGUCAAAAUGGAAGCACAGCCUUCCUGCAAAGUGUGGUGAACCUGUGCGGGCGCAGUGGGAACAACUGGUAUCGUGUGUACUUGAUCCGUAAGAUUUGCAGCCAGUAUGGUGUGGAGUUUGUCCAGAAACUGCUCAGAAUGGAUCAGACGCACUGGAUCUUCCCUGAAGAAGUUCUCCAACAGAGCAAAGAAGAAGCCCCCUUAGACCAGUAUCUUGUGUAUGGAGAAGAUUACAGGAAUAUCAGAGAAGCGGUUGCAAAAGUUGUUAUGGAAGGAAAAGUGGGUGGACUGGACGAGGCGUGUGAGGGGUGCAAGUGCCUACCACAGAGGAAAACUGUCUAUCUUCUGCUGGCGCUAUACAGAGAAGUCACCACCCUGUACAAGCAAGCCCGAUUCCAUCCCAAACCUGAGCAGCUGGAAUCCCUGACAACUUACAUCCAGACAUCCAAAAUCCUUGCCAGUCCAGAGGUUAAGGCAUUUGCCCAGGCUCUGGUGACCAACCAGCUGGGGCCGCUGGCUUUUCAUUCGAGGAUUUCAGGGAUUCACAGUUUGUCAACGGAAAUGGCAAUUCACUUGGCUGCUGUCUUGCUCUGUGUGAACCAGGGGAUCCUGGCUCCCCUGAAGCAACUCGCAAUGUCACCUGCCAACAUGCAGGCAUCAUUCUUGCCCACCAUGCCAGAGGACAUGGUAGCUGUGGCUCAACAAGCUCUGGGUCAAUUGAUGUGGUUCAGUUGUCCAAAUGGUCAUCCCUGCACCAUUGGUGAGUGUGGCCAGCCAAUGCAGACAAGUCAUUGUGUCGACUGUGGCGUUCUGAUUGGAGGACACAACCACAUGCCUGUGCAGGGUUUUCAGGCUUUUCGUAUCCAGGGUGAUCGCACUCAGAAAGGCCACAUCCUUGGUGACCCCAUGCGCAGGAAUAAUCCAGACAUGAUGGACUCAAAGAGCAUGUCCCCUGUUCCCUUCACCAUAGUGCGCAUGCUCACUCACAUGGCAAUGCUGCUCGGUGCCUGCGGCCACACACAGGCUAUUUCUGCAAUCAUCAAACCUCAGGUCGCUAACCCAGGAGAAUUUUUAAUUGCGCAUCUAAAAAAAGAUGUGGAACAACUGAUCAGGUCUCUGGGUAAAGGGGCCGAUGACACUAUCAGCACAGUUCAUCUUCUCAUCAGCAGCUUCUGGGAACUCCAGCAGCAAAGGCCUUUUCCUAUUGACCAUCUACUCUCCACUAAAGAGGCUCGAAAUGGAUGGGAGAUUGAAAUGAGUAAUGCCAUCAUUACACCUGGGCUGAAGCACUUGGACAGGCAGCUGAAGGAGGUGAACACACUGAUCCGGACUGAUUCUCGGAUCUCUGAAAGCCCAGUGAUGAGGAUUGUCUUUGGUGAUCCUCGGCUCUUCCUGUCCUCACUUCCGAAAAACUCUCUCAUCCAUUGUUCUGCUGUAUGGAGUUGCAGGGAGAAAGUGUCUCUGCUGAGCCUCACACACAUCAUUGAACAGAAUGAUGGGAAAGACACUCUCCCAGUGCUGUGGAGAUUUCUACAUAGGGAAGCGGAAGUCCGACUGGUGAAGAACCUUCCUGACAUCCUCACACUCCAGAAAGAUCUGGUUAAGAAGUUCCAGAACACUCCUGAGCUGACUUAUCACACCAUUGCUGAAUUUCUCGACAGUCAAGAAGCAGUUGCACUUAAAGCCUGGUAUGAGAAAUACAUCAAAAUCUUCUUGACAACCUGGAACCAGCUCAGAGUGUCUCUGGCAACCAACGGUGAAAUAAAGAUCCCGGCUGAACUCUGCCAAAAGGACCUGGACCGACACACUGACUUCAAGGUGCUGAUACCGCGGCGACAAGGCGCAGGCCUGUGUUCUACAGCCCUCAUCAGCUACCUAAUUUCCCUGCACAAUGACCUCAUCUACUGUGUAGAUAGGCACACUGGAGAAGAGACCAGGUACAAAGUGAGUCCUGCAGAUCUGACAGACCUGCAUGUGAUUCGCUACGAGCUGGAGAGGGAUAUGAUGCCCCUGGUCCUGUCCAAUACCCAGUACAGCAUAGAGAGGGGCCAAGAAACAGUUCAUGAGUAUGAUUUGUCAAAGAUCCAGCAGCAGAUCAUCUCCCGCUUCCUGUUGGGCAAACCACUCAUCACUCUGAAUGGCAUUCCAACACUGGUGAACAGACACGACCGAAACUACGAGAUCAUCCUCAAGGAUGUGAAAGCCAAAGUCAAACAAGAGCCUCUUCAAGCUCUCACCCUGGUUUCUGUGGCUGGAGAGCUGCAAUCCUACAGUGAGGUGUGUGAAGCUCUGUCCACGCUGGAAGUGGCGCUCGGCUUCCUCGCCAUGACUGGGGGAGAGCCUCAUAUGCAGCUGUCCCGUUACCUGGAGGAGGUGCUGCAGAUGGGAAACCAGAUGGCUCAGCAUAUCCUCAAGGCUUUGAGCAUGUGUUGUCUUAAGCAUUGUGUGGCUCUGUGGCAGCUGCUGGCCUCACUCAAAUCAGAAAAUAUGCUGCGGCUAAAGAGAGAUCCUUUUGUUGGAGUUUCGGAGAAGUACAAGCAGGCCCUGAAUGAGGAUGAGCAGAGAUUGCUGACUGGCUUCUUCUCUAAGAGCAGUGCUGAUAUUUUCCUGCUGGAGAUGCACGAGUUCCUGGUGCUGGUCCUCAAAAAGCCCAACGCUCCCGAUACCUACAGGCCUGACUGGGGCUUAAAAGACACGCUGGUGUCUUACAUGGAGCGGAAAGACAUGGACAUUCCCCCGGAUGUGGAGGAGCUCUUCCCAGAGGAGAUUUGCCUGUCACAUUAUGUCGAGGCAUGGCAGUUCAUCGUCACCUUCAAGCAGGAGCGUGGUUAGUGACGGUGACCACCAGAGGGACUGGAGGGGAUUUAAAGAAAUUCUGUUUCCCUUCUUUCUUACAUGAGCAAACCCUUCAGAUCACGUUUACAACUUGAAACGAUAGUCUUGACAGAUCAUGUUUUUGCCUAAUAUAUAUAGUAUAUGUGCCUUUUUUUAAGAAGAGUAACUAUUACCAUUGAAAAUUAAAGGUGUGCAGUUUAUCUGCAUGUAUGAAGAUGUGAACUUUGGGCUUUAUGUUGGUUUGUAUACCUCUCUGAAAGACUCAACAAAGUCCCAUCACUUGAACUUUUAUUUUUCUCUCCGAGUUAAAAAAAAAAGUUUUCUCUCAGGUGUAAACUUUAGAUAAAAUCCGGGAAGUUGAAAUUAAAUUUCCAGAAAACUGCUACCAACAAUCAUGGAUCCAUAAAUAGUUUAUUCCAUUAGAUCAUUUUAUUCCAAGUUACCACUGUUUAGCUCUGUUAUGCUUUCAUGCCUUGAGCAAUUGAUGUACCUUUCAUAAAAAAAAAAAUCUGUUUCUACAUUCCCACUUUCUUAUUUCACUGAAUGUUCUACAACUUUUUGUAAUUUACUGAAUGCACUUUGUUUCAUCAUAACUUUGAACCAGUAAGCCAGUUUUGAACUUGUGUUUGGCUUGGCGCUCUGCUUGCAAUAAAGGAUAAAUAUGUCCUCUGUGUGAUUUUCUACUCUUCAUGCUCACUUAAAUAAUUGUACACAAUUGUGGAAGCAACUUCUCCUCGUGUUAGUUCUAGCUCAGUGUCGA